UGCCGACCGCGGGUCACGUGACCGUUUCCCGCGGUUAUAUAAGCCUUAGUCGCCUUCAUAUCCUCGAAUCCAGUAUAUGUAAUACCAAUCAUGCCUUAUACAUGCGAUAUUUCGGCGUCUCCCGUUAUGGAUCCCGCCACAAUAUUCAAUAAUAUAACAUCUUACAGUUUUCUUCGCUAUCUCCCCACCGAAGAGGCUGCACAGACGUUUUGCCAUCUUGUGGGGCUCGUGCCUCAUCCAGACCUAACCGGUUUCUUUCCGCCAUGUCCUAAGUGCGGAGGCACUAUGCGGAAGGAACCGGCUCCAUCUGACAGGUUCGGAUUCGUCUACCGCUGUGAAAAAGUACAGCAGAAAAAGAAGAUGAGGAGGCGGACUGGCGGCACCGUCUUCAGGGCCAUGUGCACUGGUUCCCUGUCUUGCACCCACAACACCUUUUUCGAAAGGACACAGCUGACAGCCCAAGAGGUGCUGAUGCUGGUCUAUUCGUGGGUCAAGCAGGAGCCGGUCACCGUCGCCGCGGAGGAAUGCGGCGUGGCCCCCAAAACAGCGGUAGAUUGGUACAAUUACUGCCGUGAAGUUGCGGAGGUUUUCGUCUCCCACCAGCAAAACAUCCAGCUCGGGGGUGAAGGCAUGACCGUCGAGAUCGACGAGACCUUCACCCGGAGGCGAAAAUACAACCGCGGCCGCGUAACUAAAGGCACCCAAAUCACCAUCUUCGGUGCCUAUUGUCGGGAAACAAAAGAGGUGAUGUACUGGCAUGUGGACAACAAGAGCCGACGGGUUCUCUGGAGCCACAUGCUCAGAUACAUCGCCCGCGGUUCCAUCAUUGUUUCCGACAGCGCGGCCCAAUAUCGCGGUUGUACGACGAUGGGCUUCUCUGAACAUAAGACCGUUAAUCACAGCCAGCGGGGCCCCGGGAGAUUCGUCGACGCCGAUGAUCCCGAGGCCCACACUCAGAACAUCGAGUGCAGAAAUCGCUGGCUGAAGAAGUCCAUCAAGUCGCUCCGCACGGACAGGAGCCUGCAGAGCUACAACUGUACGUACGUGUACAGGACGCGGGUCCUGUCCCAGUUGCCAACAACAUCGGCAAAAUUCCGGCAGUUCAUCGGGGACAUCGUGGCCGUCUACCCGGGCCCCGGUCGUCAGGGUCUCCAACUCCGGACGAUCGGUGUGCCCGUGGAUCAACAUCUGCCGCCGGACGAGCCCUAUUUCGAUGUUCCCGUGCACGAGGGCGACGAAGAGGAACGGCAGGGGGAUGACGACCGCCCAACAACAUCGGGCGCCAACAUCUUCGUCAUCGACCCCCAGGACCUAGCCGAGGCGGGGACCAGCGGCCUCACCCCGUCCUCACCCACGCAACAUCGGGAAUAGGCUAGGCGUCGCCAGAUAGCGAAAGGACGUGGCGGGAGAUGCAGGAGGAGACGCUGUUGAAGGUGAGUGUACAAUCUGGUUUCAAAACGGUUUUCUAUUAGCCUAACUAGUGACAGUCACUUCCGAAGAGGUAGGUCAGGUGUUUUGGACAAGCCGCGAAAGCGGCGCGUAGUACUAGCCGACCGCGAUCAAAACCGAGCGUGUCGGUGAAUGAGGGGCCCUAGGUCCGAGGUCAAGGAUGAGCGCGGGGUCGUGCGAAAAGGACCUAACUCGGCAAUAAUUAGACUGUAGUACAUUAGAAUAGGUCGAUAGGCUUAGCGGUGCUUAGUACUGUAGCCGACCGGGCGAGCGAUACCCAGUGUGUCGGCGAAUGACGGGCCCUACACCCUCCCGAGGUCGAGAAGGAGCGCGGGGUCAUGCGAAAAGGACCUAACUCCGAAUUAGACUGCAGUAACGUUAGAAUAAGUCGAUAGGCUUAGCGGUCGAAAAGCUUAGUAGAAAGAACGACGCGACUCGUCGAUCCCGAUCGCCGGAAAUGACGUAGGGGAUUCUUUACAGGGCUAUAUCUCGUAAAGGGUCGCGCGCAGGGGUAUGGUUCCCUUGACUUUUUCGUUCGCACGGAGGGGGUCUUCAAUUCGGGGGGGUCGCCGAUCCGCUCAUUCGCAGGGUAAAUUGUGGCUAACAUGCGGUCACGUGACCCGUACAACAAUUUUCGGA